UUAUCUUCUUGUCUAUUUAUCUCUGCUUUCUUUGUGUGUGUGUGUGUGUGUGCCGUUUAAAUACUCCAUCCCCCUCCCUUGUCCCUUCCCCUAUGCAGAGACAUGUAACAACUAAAUAAUUUAUUAUUAUGGCGAUGAGGACUCAAUUCCAGCUGAUCUCUCUUGUUUUUGUGCUGCUGCUGCUUCUUCUUAGCACCACCACCACCACCACCGCCGCCGCCAUCAGCAGUUCUCAAUAUUCCCACCUCAUCGAAUCCACCUGCAAGAACACCCCACACUUCCAACUCUGCAUGACCACGCUGCUGCAGGGAGGGCACGGCACCACCGCCGACGUUGCCGGCCUGGCCCUCAUAAUGGUCCGGGCUGUGAGGGACAAGACCAGAGCAGCCAUCUCCACCCUCAAAACUUAUCCGACGACAAUCGAGAGGGGAGCCGACCCCAGGCUGGUGCGGGCGCUGCAGGACUGCGCCCGGGCAUACAACGCCGUCAUGGUGGCCGACGUGCCAGAGGCAGUGGAGGCACUCACGAAAGGAGACCCCAAGUUCGCAGAAAAUGGGAUGGCGGACGCCGCCGUGGAGGCCGAUGUCUGUGAAGAUGCUAUCGCUGCCGCCGUCGGAGCAGGGGCGAGAAACCCAUCGCCAAUUGCAAUGAGAAGGAUGAAUAAAGCAGUGAGGGAACUCGCCGAGGUUGCUAGAGCCAUUAUCAGAAAUUUGCUUUGAUUUAAAUUAUUAAAUGUAGAGAUCGGACUGCUUUAGUUCAAUUCGUGUUAAAGAAUAAAUACUACUAUCUAUUGCGCCA